UUACACCGAAGAAGAUGUAGAUUAAAGGAGAAAGAAUAAUAGCCUGGCCCUUCGCCCCAGUCAGACCCUGGGGGGCACCCAGUAAUCUUAUUAUCUUACUACAUCUGCAGUCAUGUCCGAAUGAAAAGACAAGGAUUCUCUCUCGCCCGCCGCUCUUCUCUCCCGCUUCACUUCUCUCUAGAUGAAUCCAUCCAUUUCAUCCUACCCUAUCCCCUAAAUCCCUUCAGCUCAUUUCUUUGUCUCUGUUUGACCAUUCCACUCGUUUCCCUCUUUUGCCUACCGAUCUAUCAGCCGAUGAAUACUGAAGUCAGUCGUUACCAUCUAUUUUUAUGACACCACUCUCUCGCUCUACCAAAGGAAUAACUAGUCAUCGAAAUCCAUUAUAUAAUCACAUCCUAGCACGACAGAUAUAAUCGACCAUAAUGAUUCUCUCGCUCAGUCGGCCGGUCACCCUGGUCUUCUCCACACUCAUUCUCCUCAACUUCUAUCUCUUCCACCGCGUCCUGCACCAGCCCGUGGUGACUAGUACUUUUUCAGUCAAUACAACCCCGGUCCAACAGCAGCAACAGCAGCAGCAACAACAACAGGAUCAACAGUAUCAAGCCUUUCUUUCACCCUCUCCAACGCCGAUUCCCGAGCCAACGACCGCCACUCAACCCGCCUGGACGACAGUCCCGAUUUCCGCAGCCACCUCAACCUCGACCCCGACCCCAACCCCAACCGCUUUCCCGUUGAAACUCUGGCAAAAGUCCGGCCCCAAAGGCGUCUCCCCGGAUAUUCAGACCUACAUCCAAUCCUGGCAUACUUUGAACCCAUCUCUCCGCCAUGAGAUUCUGUCCGACGAGAGUGCCCUCGCCUAUGUUGAAGAAAUCUUCCGCGAGGACUGGCCGGAGGUCGCAGACCUCUAUCAGAAGAUCCAGGUCCCCAUCAUCCGCGCCGAUCUCCUUCGCCUGCUGAUUCUGUACGCCGACGGAGGCAUCUGGAGCGACCUCGACGUCACCUGCGAGGUACCCAUCGCGGAAUGGAUCCCCAAGGAGCUUGUCACACCAGACGGCAGGGUUGUCGGGAAGGAGCAGGUCAACGCGGUAGUCGGGCUGGAGUUUGACGGAUGGCAGUUCGCCAGCUGGACGCUGAUGGCCAAACCGGGGCUCAACCACUUCGAAAGGGCGAUCGGGUAUGUGAUGCGCCAGAUGGAGGGAAUUGCGCAUUCGAACAAUGUGACGAUCCCCGGUGUGACGAUGGAGAUGAUCCCCGACGUCGUGGAUGCGAGUGGCCCGCAGGCUAUCACGGUGGCCCUGCUGCGGAGUCUCUCGUACAGCCUGGGCGAGACGGUGGACCGAGCCAACAUCACCAACUUGCAUGAGCCGCGGCUGCUCGGGGAUGUGCUGGUUUUGCCGCAGGCGGCAUAUGCAGCACUGCAGGGCGGAUAUCCUGAGGAUCAGGGUCCGUACCUCGUUUCGCAUCAUUAUGCAGGAUCCUGGAAGAAUGUCCAGGGAGGCGAACAACGGCGGUAGCCUGCAUUGGCCAUGCCUUUCUUUUUUCUGCUAAUACUCUUUUCUUGGUUGAAGUUUCUUGUAUAUAGAUAUUUUUUCAUUUCUUCUUACAUACUUUUGGGUCGCCUGAAUGUGAAAGGUGAAUCAGUC